CUGGGUUCUAGAGUGGCCACAGAAUCGAGUGGAGAAAUUUCGGGUUCCAUUUUCAUAGCUUAAGUAGGCCUUCUCAGAUGCGUCGACUAGGAAAUGCCAGCUAGAAAACAAACCAUUCAGUUCAUGUCCAGUUUUUGUCAGAUAAACAUCCAACACCUUACACCUCCAGCGGUUUCUGCUCCCCUCUUUUAACCAUGUGCGGUGGUUGGGCUUGUGCCUCAUACGAUCUGGCCUGCAAUAAUCCACCGCUGUCCACACUGCGUUUUACUGGCCGAGACUUUAUACCCACACCCUGCGGUCCUGGCGAUAAGUGUUAUGUCCUUGAUACGAGCCGCAAGAAGAACUCCAACAACUGCUACGUACCGCACAUCCUUUCCCCGUUGGAAGCCCAGCUCUGUACAAAGAAUUGCAGUCAGAAAAGUGAAGAGAAGAAGGAACCGCCUCAGUAGAACCAAGAACUUUGGAGUGUAUCAACUAAAUUCAUAGUGACCAAAUUAUUAUUUGCUGAAUUGGAACGAUGAACUAAUAAACAUUAAUACCCCUAA